AUGGGAAACGCGGCAACUGCUAAGAAAGGAGAUCCUGAAAAUGUUAAGGCGUUCUUGGCUCAAGCCCGGGAAGACUUCAACCAAAAAUGGGAGUCCCCUCAACAGAACACAGCUACCCUUGACGAUUUUGACCGAAUCAAAACAUUGGGAACUGGCUCGUUUGGCAGGGUCAUGCUAGUUCAACACAAGAGUUCCAAGGAGUACUUUGCUAUGAAGAUACUAGAUAAACAAAAGGUGGUCAAGCUGAAGCAAGUAGAACAUACGUUGAAUGAGAAGAGAAUCCUGCAAGCCAUCUCCUUUCCAUUUCUAGUCGGUCUUCAAUAUAGUUUUAAGGACAACUCCAACUUGUACAUGGUCCUAGAGUUCGUAACGGGCGGCGAGAUGUUCUCCCAUCUUCGUAGGAUAGGCCGAUUCAGUGAGCCACAUUCGAGGUUCUAUGCAGCCCAAAUUGUACUGGCGUUCGAGUACUUACAUUCCCUUGACCUCAUCUACAGAGAUUUGAAACCGGAGAAUCUUCUAAUCGAUUCCCAAGGCUAUCUCAAGGUGACAGAUUUUGGAUUUGCGAAACGGGUCAAAGGUCGCACGUGGACCCUCUGCGGCACUCCGGAGUAUCUCGCCCCGGAAAUCAUUCUAAGCAAGGGCUACAACAAGGCAGUUGACUGGUGGGCCCUAGGUGUGUUGGUGUACGAAAUGGCCGCGGGCUACCCUCCAUUUUUCGCCGACCAACCAAUCCAAAUUUAUGAGAAAAUUGUUUCCGGCAAGGUCAGAUUUCCGAGUCACUUCAGUUCGGACCUGAAGGACUUACUGAGGAAUCUUUUGCAAGUUGAUCUGACGAAGCGGUUUGGGAACCUGAAGAACGGCGUCAAUGAUAUUAAACUUCAUAAGUGGUUUACCGCUACCGACUGGAUUGCUAUCUAUCAGAAGAAGAUCGACGCCCCAUUCCACCCAAAAUGCAAAGGUCCGGGUGACCCCAGCAACUUUGACGACUACGAAGAAGAGCCCCUGCGCAUAUCUUCCACUGAGAAAUGUUCUAAAGAAUUCGCCGAGUUCUAAUUGGAGGAUGGUGAUGAAGAUAAAGAGGAUGACGAUGGAAAUGGCGAUGGGAUGAGGUUGAGGAUGCUGAGGAAGAUGAAGAUGACGAAGACGAUGAUGAUGAUGAUGAUGAUGAUAUGAUGAUGAUGACGUAGUUGGUGAUGGUGAU